AUGAAAAUUACCUCGCUAUUAUUAUCCCAAAUUCUUCUUUCAUAUAUUUUACUUCUCUUUGGAUAUCCAUCUAAAAUACCAAUUAAAACUUACAUUCAACCCGAUGAAGAUGACAAAGGUAUUACGCAAACAAUACAAGAGGGUGAAAUGAUACAUAAUAAUAACAAAAACAAUCCCUUCAAAUUUUCAUUUUCCAAUCGUCAAUUGCAUGCCGAAGAAAUCGAUACAUGGAAUCUGAUGAAUAUCGUAUGCAAUGAUUUAAAAGUGGGUGCAAUGGCAAUGAUGUCUGGUAAUAUGGGUAAGCCGUAUGAGGCAUUCUUGGCAAUGACUGAGAAUAUGGAAGUACCAUUAGUGAACUGGGAUCUGUCACCGAUACUUCCAGCUGAGGAAGCUCGUAAUUUGUAUAUAGUAAUCGAUGCUGAUUCCUCGCAUCGACAAAGGAAAUUUCUGGCUGUUAUACGAUCUGCUCAAUUUAGCCAACUGGAAUAUCAUUAUAUUGUUGGGAAUUAUGAUUUUUCAAAUUAUGACGUGGAAAUGUUUCAAGAUGGAAAUAUCAAUAUUUCUGGCUUUCAAAUAAUAAAUCGUGAAGUUAAAGAGUAUAGCAAUCUGAAAAAUGCUAUAUUUAAGACAGAAAAGAUUAAACCUGUAUUUGUACAUGAUGCAAUGCUUGUACUGCGAGCUCUUUUCGCAACAGUUCUACGACGUAAUGAUUCGUUAUUCCGACAUAACUUUCGACAUGGUCAAUUGUACAAUCGUGGUUAUCCCGGAAUGUACUGCCAUCCGAGUAUGGAUCUCGACAAUCCACAUCGUCCAUUUACAACUUUCGAGCAUGGACAAAUAUUGGCAAGAGCGUUGCGUGGAUUAAAAUUAAAUUCAAAUGAUGGUACGUUGUCCGGACGGAUUGAAUUCGAUCGUUUUGGAAUGCGUAAAAAUUACGAUGUUACAGUGAUUGAUUUAGUGUCCAGUAUUAAAUCAGCUUUUAAUCGGAAAGAAAUGAUGAUUUGGAAACAAGGCCUUGGAUUUUUUGCAAAUCAAACAAUUGCCGAGCAUACUCGAAAAAAUUUGGAUACAUUAGGAGAGAAGAAAAUUCUCAAAGUGGUCACAGUUGUAACGGCGCCUUUUGUAAUGAUAAAACGUGGCUGUGAAGGAAAUACGAAUAGAAGUAGUUGUGAUGGCAAUGAUCGUUAUGAAGGAUUUUGCAUUGAUUUACUUAAACUUCUUAGUGAUAAAAUCGAAGAUUUUAAAAAAUAUGAAAUAAUCUUGGCCAAAGGUAAUAAAUACGGCAUUAAACAGCCUGAUGGUUCUUGGGAUGGUUUAAUUGGCUCAUUGCUCAGUGGUGAAGCGGAUGUUUGCGUAGCAUCACUUACAAUAAAUCAGGAUCGCGAACGGGUUGUUGAUUUUUCGAAACCUUUCAUGACAACGGGGAUUAGUAUAAUGAUUAAGAAACCGGACAAACAGGAGUUUUCCGUUUUCUCAUUCAUGCAACCGUUAAGUACCGAAAUUUGGAUGUAUAUUAUUUUUGCUUACGUGGGGGUUUCUGUUGUGAUAUUUUUGGUCUCACGAUUUUCACCUUAUGAAUGGCGUAUCGAAGAAAUAUCCGGUGGCGGCGGCUUUACAAUUUCCAAUGAUUUUUCGGUCUAUAAUUGUCUAUGGUAUACACUUGCUGCAUUCAUGCAGCAAGGUACCGAUAUUGUACCAAGAUCAAUAAGCGGUCGUCUUGCAAGCAGCGUUUGGUGGUUUUUUACGAUGAUUAUCGUUUCAUCCUACACCGCUAAUUUAGCAGCAUUUUUAACAUUGGAAAAAAUGCAAGCACCAAUCGAAUCAGUAGAAGAUUUAGCUAAGCAAACUAAAAUUAAAUAUGGAAUACAACAAGGUGGUUCAACAGCGCAAUUUUUCAAGCAUAGUUCAGUGCAAAUUUAUCAACGAAUGUGGCGCUAUAUGGAAUCACAGGUGCCAACGGUAUUUACAUCCAGCUAUGCAGAAGGUAUUGAAAGAGUACGAAGUCAUAAAGGACGAUACGCUUUUUUGUUGGAAGCUACCGCAAAUGAAUAUGCAAAUACUAGGAAACCUUGUGAUACGAUGAAAGUUGGAUCAAAUUUGAAUUCAGUUGGUUACGGAGUUGCAACACCAUUUGGUUCUCCUUAUAAGGAUCAUAUUAACUUGGCAAUUCUUGCAUUGCAAGAACGUGGCGAACUGAAAAAGCUUGAAAACAAGUGGUGGUAUGAUCGGGGUGAAUGUGACCAAGGCAUCGCGGAUGGCCAUAAUGCAAGUUUAAAUUUGAGCAAAGUAGCGGGAAUAUUUUAUAUUCUAAUGGGUGGAAUGAUUGUAUCGAUAUUAGCAGCGCUCGGUGAAUUUCUCUAUCGAUCUCGAAUUGAAGCUCGCAAAGGCAAUGUUACUUCAUUAUUAGGAAGUCUGACGGAAAAUCUUCGGGGUGCUUUCUUUACACAACCAAAAAAAAUAUUUGAGGAUGAAGAAUUUUUCAGAAAAGGAACACCAGUAUUUGAAGUUUUUAAAAAGCAAGAUGAGGGAUCGAAAUCAUCUGAUUCGAAAUCGAGUAAAAUAACUGAUGAAUUAAUUACUGCUCAACCAUUCAUUCGACGUUACAAUACUGCCGUUUGA